AAAACUGCGGUGGGUAAAAAAAUAACCAUCAGGAAACCAGUAGUAAACAUCGCCUCUGAUUGGCUCGUUCAGACUGAACCAGCCAAUAGCGAUAGAGCAUACUGGAAUGUUUCUGAGAGCUGAAGUAAACAGCUGUGGGGAGAGGACAAGUGAGUGGCUGUAGAAGUUUACAAUGAAGUGAAGGAUUUAUGAAACUUUGUAACAAGUUAGCAGUUAUUUUGAAUGUAGAAGUUGACACUGGAACCUCUUUGCAUUGAAAUGGCUGAAAAUGGCGAAGGAUCCUGUACAUUUCCAGUUAUGGCAGCUGGAAUUGACUUUCGAGCCCGUGUGCAGCAGUUUAUGGAGGAGAGGAUGCAGACCACAAUGUUGACAGGCAUGUUGAUAGGGGCCGUGGUGGCUGUGUGCCUUAUAGGCAUCUCUGUGCUCUUCCUCUACCGCAGAUACAAGUUAGCGAGUCAGCAGACAGGUACGCCUCGGUACCGCUUCAGGAAAAGAGACAAGGUUCUUUUCUAUGGGAGAAAGAUCAUGAGAAAGGUCCAGACCCUGUCCUCCACACCCUCGUCUACUUCAGUCUCUAAACAUCGCCCUCGAAAAAGACCUAAAGUCUUGAGUAUAGCUCGAAGGAUAUUGCGGAUAAAGAAGGAGCCCCCAACCCUGCAGCCCAAGGAGCCUCCUCCCUCUCUGCUGGAGGCAGAUCUUACAGAGUUUGAUGUGCAGAACUCCAACUUGCCCUCUGAGGUGCUUUACAUGCUUAAGAAUGUCAGAGUGCUGGGUCACUUUGAGAAACCGCUGUUCCUGGAGCUCUGUCGACACAUGGUGUUUAUUGAGCUGCAGGAGGGCGAGGGACUGUUCAAACCAGGAGACGAUGAUGACAGCAUUUAUGUGGUCCAGGACGGGAGACUGGAGCUGUGUAUCCGUGAAACUGAUGGCACAGAGCCAGUGGUGAAGGACGUGCUGCCCGGAGACAGUGUUCACAGCCUGCUCAGCAUUCUAGACAUCAUCACGGGUUAUCCUGCUCCAUAUAAGACUGUGUCUGCUCGAGCAGCAGUGCGCUCCACCAUUCUGCGCCUGCCUGCCUCUGCCUUCGAGUCUGUGUUUGAGAAAUAUCCGGAAACACUAGUGAGAGUUAUACAGAUAAUCAUGGUUCGGCUGCAGAGAGUGACCUUCCUUGCCUUGCAUAACUACCUGGGACUAACCACUGAACUCUUCAAUCCAGAGAGACAGGCUGUGCCUCUGACUGCAGUCAACAGUGUCAUUGCUGAGGGAAGCCCCAGCCGUGUUCCUCGCAGACCCCAUUUUCAAACACAGUUAGACGAAGAUUACAGCCAAGGACCUUCGGAUUCUACAGACUCAGACGGAGGGAAAACUGCUUCUUCAGAGAAUUUGUUUACAGUUAGCAGGAAACCUCGCUCUGUCUCAGCACCAGUGGACAGCACAGGAGUAGCUGGUAAUGACCUGAGCAUGGCAUACGAGCGAGCCAGAGUGACCAUGGAUGAUCCACUGCCCAGCCCUGUUCACUACAAGUCUAUUCUGAAGAAGACUGUGACCAUGCAUCAAGCUCCAUCUGCAGUCUAUCACUACACAGACAGCGGGGGGAGCUCUGAUGUCCCCCCCAGUAAAGUGGGUGCCAUCUUCCAAGCAGCCAAAAAAGACUUGUUGGGGAUUAUCCAACUGCAGGACCCUGGUCUUUUGGAGGGCAGAGUGACUCUGCACCAGGUGAAGGCUGGCUCUGUGGUGGCACGUCAAGGAGACCAGGAAGUGAGUGUGCAGUUUGUGAUUUCAGGUUUACUACAUGUGUACCAGCGGAUGAUCGACCGUGAGGAGGAAUCAUGUCUGUUUGUGACUCACCCUGGAGAGCUGGUGGGUCAGUUGGCUGUGCUCACAGGGGAACCGCUCAUCUUCAGUGUGCGUGCUCACCGUGACUGCACCUUCCUCUCCAUUUCCAAAACCCAUUUUUACGAAAUCAUGCGUGCAGAACCUACAGUUGUGCUAAAUGUAGCUCACACUGUAGUGCGCAGGAUGUCCCCAUUUGUCAGACAGAUUGACUUUGCGCUCGACUGGAUGGCUGUGGAAGCUGGCCGAGCAGUCUACAGGCAAGGUGAUAAGUCUGAUAGUACCUAUAUAGUGCUGAGCGGACGCUUGCGUUCGGUCAUUUUGAAGGAGGAUGGGAAGAAGGAGCUGACUGGAGAGUACGGCAGAGGAGAUCUAAUCGGAGUGGUGGAGGCUCUGACCCAUCAGAACAGAGCCACUACAGUGCAUGCUGUAAGAGACUCGGAGCUGGCGAAACUGCCAGAGGGAGCACUCAGCUCCAUCAAGAGGAAAUUCCCUCAGGUGGUCACACGACUCAUUCAUCUGCUGGGACAGAAGAUCCUUCAGCAGGUUAAUGGGCCUUUAACAGCCCGUAGUCUGUCUCUUCACACUCCGAGCAGUAAGUGGGAUGCAGGCAAUCCUGCCUCCAACCUGUCCACUGUGGCCGUGUUGCCUGUGUCUGAGGAAGUUCCUCUGACCGCGUUCACCCUGGAGCUGCAGCACUCUCUCAUUGCCAUCGGUCCUACUCUUCUCCUGACGAGUGACAUCAUCAAACAGCGAUUGGGUUCUGCAGCACUGGACAGUGUGCACGAGUACAGGUUGUCGAGUUGGCUGGGCCAGCAAGAGGACAUACAUCGUAUUGUCCUGUACCAAACUGAUAGCUCUCUCACACCCUGGACCCAGCGCUGCAUCCGCCAGGCUGACUGCAUCAUCAUCGUUGGACUUGGGGAGCAGGACCCUGCAGUGGGGGAGCUGGAGCGGAUGCUAGAAGGAAGUGCAGUGAGAGCUCAGAAACAGUUGGUUUUGCUGCACCGGGAGGACGGGCCUCCACCCACGGGAACUGCUGAGUGGCUCAACAUGCGCAGCUGGAUCUCCAGACACCAGCAUCUCUCCUGCCCCCGUAGGGUCUUCUCUAAGAGGAGCCUUCCCAAACUGAGAGAGAUGUACCAGCGUGUGUUCCAAAAGCCUGCAGACCGCCACUCUGAUUUCUCUCGUCUGGCACGAGUCCUGACUGGCAACGCCAUCGCUUUGGUACUGGGCGGUGGAGGAGCCAGGGGCUGCUCUCAGGUGGGUGUCUUGCGAGCGCUUCACGAGGCUGGGAUCCCUGUAGACCUGGUGGGAGGCACCUCCAUUGGUUCCAUGAUGGGAGCUCUGUACGCCGAGGAGCGCAGCUACAGCAGGAUGAGGAUCCGAGCCAGGGAGUGGGCUGUGGAGAUGACAUCAGUUUUCAAAAAGAUUUUGGAUCUCACCUACCCCAUCACCUCUAUGUUCUCUGGCGCAGCCUUUAAUUCCAGCAUCAAUGCUGUCUUCAAAAAUAAGCAAAUCGAGGAUCUGUGGAUCCCUUAUUUCAACAUCACCACUGACAUCACUGCUUCUACCAUGAGAGUGCACACUGACGGCUCUCUGUGGAGAUACGUUCGUGCGAGCAUGUCAUUGUCUGGUUACCUUCCUCCUCUGUGUGACCCCAAAGAUGGCCACCUUUUAAUGGAUGGAGGUUAUAUCAACAACCUGCCAGCGGAUGUGGCGCGGUCCAUGGGAGCUAAAGUUGUGAUAGCCAUUGACGUGGGCAGCCAAGACGAAACCAAUCUAACCAACUAUGGAGAUGCCCUAUCUGGCUGGUGGCUGCUAUGGAAACGGCUCAACCCUCUAGCAGAGAAAGUCAAAGUGUUGAACAUGGCUGAGAUCCAGACUCGGCUAGCAUACGUGUGCUGUGUGAGGCAGCUGGAAUCUGUCAAGAGCAGUGAUUAUUGUGAAUAUAUCAGACCUCCCAUCAACAGAUAUCGCACUCUGGAGUUCGGCAAGUUCGAUGAAAUUGCUGAGGUGGGCUACCAGCACGGGAAGACCUUGUUUGACGUGUGGUGCAGGAGCGGAGUGGUGGAGAAGAUGCUGAAGGACAGGCGCCAAGAGGAGUUCCACAACACCCACAGCAACAGUAUUGUGACUUGUCCUAAUGCCUCCUUCACUGACCUGGCAGAGAUCGUCUCCCGCAUCGAGCCUGUCAAACAAGCACUUAUGGAUGAGGAGUCAGACUAUCACACUGAUUAUGAGGAGGAGCUGGUGGGAAGUGCUUUGUCUGACAUGGAGCCCACCACCUACUGCAGUGAGCACACAGAGGAGGAGCUGACUGCUGAUACUGAUGAAGAGCUGGAAAGAGUUCACAAUCAUCUUAAUUCAGAAGACUUAAGUGGAGUAGGUUCUUCUCAGCCACAGCAGAAAACAAGCCCUCAUAACUCUCCAACUCUAAGAGACAGAAAGGUGCGAGAAGAGUGACCAGUCAGCCAUGACCUGUGACCUCUGAAUUUCUAAUGCUGGGCUGGCAUAGGACAAACACUAACAUUCCAAAACAGGCAGCACUCCUCUAGACAUGACUUGCUUUUCUGUUCAACAUGUCCAGCCUGAGAAAAUAUCCCUUUUGGUUGCUGCUUCUUAUCUACAGUAGAAUUUAUUAAUAAUUGGGAUAUUUGGUUAAAAAUGUAUUGGCAGUCAGAUGGGCAUGGGCAGGUUUUAUAUUUUAUUAGGAUUAUAACAACCUGUACUUCAUGCCGUGUCUGUGCAGUAAGUAAUGUCUAGCAGGAGAUUUGUGAAAGCAACACUCUUACCCUAUCACUGUGAAUCAUUUAAAGGCAGCAUCCUCAAAGCACAAAUGAAACGACUGCAUAACAUGCUCAACAUUUCACUAAGAUCGCUCACUCAGCACUUUGUAACGGUAUAUAAAAGCAGAACCGUUUGUUUAUGAGCAUCUUACGUGCGAAAUAAUGCUGUUUUACAGCCCAGCCUUGGGGUACUGAGGUAUUUAGAUUAUAUUUUUAUUUUCAACCACUACAGUAUAAACAUGCAGCAGUGAAACGCAGAUACAUCCAAAGACAGUAUCAGAUUAGACAUCUCAGAGCUGUCAGCAUGAACUGACAUUUAUUUGAGAGUUUAAGUACAGCAGCUCUCCAGUCAGGGCUGUAGCUUGUCCAAAGUCAGACAUAAUCCACAUAUAAUGUGAAGUUUGCUGACGAUUGACCCUGCAUACAUAUAGACACUCCAAAAACAAGCCUAUCAAUGCAAUUUUGUUUUCUACAUUUAUGUAAUUGUUUUCUUAGAGAUAUUUUAUGUGUUCCUCAGUGCCUUUGCUCUUGUUCUUCUUGAUACAAGUAACCACAAGAGAGCAUUCGCGUCUGAUUCCUUUAGCACUCGAUCCUACCAAUGAGUCUAAACAUACUAACAGUCUAAUCGUACAAGUGCACCUAGUAUAGGGGCCUUUUUUUUUUUUUUUUUUAAAUACCACUCUCGUAACUAUAAUGACUGAAGACGUGCAUGGAAAAGACACUUAGCCACCUUAAUUUUGCACUCAUGGUCAUGGACAUUUUUAAAUUGUCAAAUUAAGUGUGCAAGUGGUUUUAGUCACAAAGUGUAAAAACAUGAAGAGUCUUUGACAUUUACUUACAAAUGCUCAUUCAUGUGCAGUCUUGAUUCACACUUAAAAAAUUGAAAAUAUGGAAGAAAGGUGGAUUGAAUAUGGAGUACGAUUUUGAGAUCGCUAGGAAAGUGAUAAUUCAGUUAUUUGUCAAACUAUGUGAGACACUAAUUACUAAUAAAGUGCAAUUAGCUCAUCUUUUGGUUUCUUAAUGAAAAGUGAUGCACAUUGCAAUAUAUUCCCUGUUUUUUUUUUUUGUUUGUUUUUUCUUUUCGGAAAUCGGUGCUCUUCUCCUCUGUAAUAAUGUCACUAGGAGACAUUUGUAAUGCCAUUAUAUUAAUGAUCAUUUUAUUUGGAUCUUGUUAGAUGUGAACUCUUAAAAAUGCAUGAUUUAUAGCAGGAUCAUGGAGGAUUCAUGUUUGCCCGACAUGUCCAAAUAGCAUACGGCAGGAGUCGUGUGAGCCCAGCCCUAAUUAUGGAGAUGAAUGUCUGAGUUCUGCAGAAAGUCACUGGGCACACUGCCUAAUGGAAACACUAAGGGCUUCGAUCACUGUCUGUUAUGCACAUUGCUACCUAUUUUGAUCAAAGCUGUUUACGCAGGCUGUCCUGUUUCUGAAUUACUUGACUGUGAUUAAGGUAGGGCACUUACCUAAUGAAAUGAUUGACUGAUAUUGCCAGAUAAAGGAUGAGUUCUCUAUUCAUACUGGUGUAACGCCAUGACGCUAUCUGUGUUUGUGUGUUUAGUGCUCCAAAUGUCUGUAUCUCUGUCUGCAUUUAUGACACAAAUUGGGUGUGGCUUAAACCAGAAGUGGAUUACUAUUAAUAAAAGAUUAAUACUACCA